GCAUGAGCCAUGGAGAGAGCAGCAGCUGCGGAUUGGCUGCUGGUGGCAGUCGUCCUAGGCUCACUCCAUGCGCGCAACCAACCGCAGCCGGAGCCGGUCCUGUGACACAGGUAGUGCGUGGCUGCGCCGGCCAAUCACAGCCAGGGAGAUAGAUCGCUCGGUGUGUGCGUGAUAACGGAGGAUGCUCUGCCUGCUCUCUGUGCCGGGGCUGCUGCACUAGAGGAGGACACAGCGGUGCUGCAGCAUAUAAACUGAGGCGGAGUCACGUACUGUACAGUACUGUAUACACUGCUGCGGCGCUAGUGACAGCCGGCUCCACCAUCACCGGGACAGGUCCCCUGAACGCCCUAUCUUUCCUUUACCCAGUAGCAGACACAAAUGGCUUCUAACGACAGCGUCCUCAGCCCCGCUUAUCUUGCUGUUGAGUACAUUGAUUCUCUACUGCCAGAAAAUCCUCUGCAAAUACCCUUUAAAUAUGCCUGGACCUACAUGCUGGACAACUACACCAAGUUCCAGAUUGCAACAUGGGGAUCCCUCAUUGUCCACGAGCUCAUCUAUUUCCUGUUCUGUCUCCCUGGUUUCCUGUUUCAGUUCUUACCGUUCAUGCAGCGGUAUAAAAUCCAGCAGGAUAGGCCAGAGACAUGGGAAGGCCAGUGGCGGUGCUUCAAAAUGCUCCUUUUUAACCACUUCUGCAUCCAGCUUCCUUUGAUUUGCGGCACAUACUACUUUACAGAAUUUUUUAACAUUCCAUAUGACUGGGACAACAUGCCUAGGUGGUAUGUCUUAUGUGCCCAGUGUUUUGGUUGUGCCGUCAUUGAAGAUGCAUGGCACUACUUCCUCCAUCGCAUUCUGCACCACAAGAGGAUUUAUAAGCAUAUCCACAAAGUGCAUCAUGAGUUUAUGUCUCCAUUUGGUAUGCAGGCUGAAUAUGCUCACCCUCUGGAAACCCUCAUUUUGGGAGCCGGGUUUUUCAUUGGAAUCAUGGUUUUCUGUAAUCACGUCAUUCUCCUUUGGGCAUGGGUUUUAGUUAGACUUAUGGAAACAAUAGAUGUUCACAGUGGUUAUGACAUUCCUCUGAAUCCACUUCACCUCAUACCAUUCUAUGCAGGUGUACGUUUUCAUGAUUUCCAUCACAUGAACUUCGUGGGUAACUAUGCAUCAACAUUUACAUGGUGGGAUAAACUCUUCAACACAGAUGCUCAGUAUAACAGCUACAAGGGCAAAGUAAAGGCACAGCAAGAAAAGAAGACAAAAUAACUUAUUCCCAGGCACAGCUUAAUUCUCCAGUGUGCGGACCACAAAAUGCUCUUAAUAAUGCCUAAAUUCUAUCGCAGAAUGAAGAGUAGAGUCUGAUUUGUAUGUAACGUUUCUGCAAGAGAAAAAUUUUGUGGAAUUCAGUCACAAACCCAUUUGCAGCUGCUGUACAAAUGCCUCAUUGGGCCUUAAUAUCAGAAAGACAACCUGCAGUUCGGCAGAACACGUCAAGCACAGCUGAUUGCUACUGUCAAGUGCGACUUUUCAGAGAAUAGAGAGACUUUUUUUCCCCGGCACUUUCAUCUAUUUGACUAUCUUAUUCAGUAAAAUACAGUAUCCUCUUUGUAAAA